AUGACUCAAAACAAGAAAGAUGACUUGUUUAAGGUGUUAUAAUUGAUUGAAGGUAUGGAUGAUAAAAUCUACAUAAUAAUAGAAAAGCUCUUAAAAGAAGGAGAUUCUAAUUCUCUCAAAUUUAUUUCAAAUAUUGAAAAUCAACUUAGUUACAAAAAUUACAUUGUUUUAUACGACAAUUUAUAGUCUUUUGAUUAGCAUUGGAAAGUAGAUGCUGCUAAAAGCAAUCUUAAGAAAAUUACAAAUGUUCUCAAAAUAAUAAAAGAUCAUGAAUUUAAUACACAGAAUUACUCAAUUGAUGAUUAUGAAGAAUUUAAGAAGGAUCUAAUCACAAAAAUAUCAUUGAAUAAGAAGAUAAUAGAAUUCCUAAAAUUUUUAGUUCAUCUGACUGCUUUAGAUGAGACAUAUAUUUAGUGUGGAUCGAAUUCUCUUAAUUUACUAGUUUAAAUGAAAGUGGAUUUGAGGGAAUAAAGUUUUGAGAAUAUCAGGAUAAGAAAUACCUCUUUAGUUGGUGGAAAUUUUGCAAGAUGCAUAUUCAAUGGAUCAGAAUUUGACAGUGUCGAUAUUAGUGGAAUGAACUUGAAUUAAGCUAAAUUGUUGAAUUGUAAAUGGAAAAAUAUCAAAAUAAAUGAGUUAAAUUAAUUAGAUGGUCAUUGUGGAAGUGUGAAAUAGGUAUGCUUUUCUUCAGAUGGUAAGUUAUUAGCUUCUUGUAGUGAUGAUAAUUCGAUUAUAUUGUGGGAUGUUAAAGCAGCAAAAAUUAAGUCUAGAAUUAAGGUAAAUGGAGGAGUAAAUACAGUAUGCUUCUCAAAAUAUAAUAGUACUUUAGCUUUCAGCAGUGGAAGAUUUGUAUAUUUAUGGAAUCUUAAAACAGGAAAAUAAAAAGCCAUAUUAGAUGGCCAUUCAUCAACAGUUUAUUCAAUUUGUUACUCACCAGAUGGUACUACAUUAGCAUCUGGUUAUAAAGAUAAGUCUAUCCGUUUAUGGGAUGUUAAGACAGGAUAAUAAAAAGACAAAUUAGAUGGUCAUUCAAAUGAUGUUAAUUCAAUUUGUUACUCUCCUGAUGGUACUAAAUUAGCAUCUGGUAGUCAUGAUAACUCUAUCCGUUUAUGGGAUAUGAAGACUGGAUAAUAAAAAGCCAAAUUAGAUGGUCAUGAAGAUUGGGUUUUUUCAAUUUGCUACUCUCCUGAUGGCACUACAUUAGCAUCUGGUAGUAGGGAUAACUCUAUCUGUUUAUGGGAUGUUAAGACAGGAUAAUAAAAAGCCAAAUUAGAUUGUCAUUCAGAUUGGGUAAGAACAAUUUGUUACUCUCCUGAUGGUACUACAUUAGCAUCUGGUAGUUCAGAUAUGUCUAUCCGUUUAUGGGAUGUUAAGACAGGAUAAUAAAAAGCCAAAUUAGAUGGUCAUUCAAAUGCAGUUAAUUCAAUUUGUUACUCUCCUGAUGGUACUACAUUAGCAUCUGGUAGUGGGGAUAAGUCUAUCCGUUUAUGGGAUGUUAAGACAGGAUAAUAAAAAGCCAAAUUAGAUGGUCAUUCAAAUACAGUUUAUUCAAUUUGUUACUCUCCUGAUGGUACUACAUUAGCAUCUGGUAGUGCAGAUAACUCUAUCCGUUUAUGGGAUGUUAAGACAGGAUAAUAAAAAGCCAAAUUAGAUGGUCAUUCAAAUACAGUUUAUUCAAUUUGUUACUCUCCUGAUGGUACUACAUUAGCAUCUGGUAGUGCAGAUAACUCUAUCCGUUUAUGGGAUGUUAAGACAGGAUAAUAAAAAGCCAAAUUAGAUGGUCAUUCAAAUACAGUUUAUUCAAUUUGUUACUCUCCUGAUGGUACUACAUUAGCAUCUGGUAGUGCAGAUAACUCUAUCCGUUUAUGGGAUGUUAAGACAGGAUAAUAAAAAGCCAAAUUAGAUGGUCAUUCAAAUACAGUUUAUUCAAUUUGUUACUCUCCUGAUGGUACUACAUUAGCAUCUGGUAGUGCAGAUAACUCUAUCCGUUUAUGGGAUGUUAAGACAGGAUAAUAAAAAGCCAAAUUAGAUGGUCAUUCAAAUACAGUUUAUUCAAUUUGUUACUCUCCUGAUGGUACUACAUUAGCAUCUGGUAGUGCAGAUAACUCUAUCCGUUUAUGGGAUGUUAAGACAGGAUAAUAAAAAGCCAAAUUAGAUGGUCAUUCAAAUACAGUUUAUUCAAUUUGUUACUCUCCUGAUGGUACUACAUUAGCAUCUGGUAGUGCAGAUAACUCUAUCCGUUUAUGGGAUGUUAAGACAGGAUAAUAAAAAGCCAAAUUAGAUGGUCAUUCAAAUACAGUUUAUUCAAUUUGUUACUCUCCUGAUGGUACUACAUUAGCAUCUGGUAGUGCAGAUAACUCUAUCCGUUUAUGGGAUGUUAAGACAGGAUAAUAAAAAGCCAAAUUAGAUGGUCAUUCAAAUACAGUUUAUUCAAUUUGUUACUCUCCUGAUGGUACUACAUUAGCAUCUGGUAGUGCAGAUAACUCUAUCCGUUUAUGGGAUGUUAAGACAGGAUAAUAAAAAGCCAAAUUAGAUGGUCAUUCAAAUACAGUUUAUUCAAUUUGUUACUCUCCUGAUGGUACUACAUUAGCAUCUGGUAGUGCAGAUAACUCUAUCCGUUUAUGGGAUGUUAAGACAGGAUAAUAAAAAGCCAAAUUAGAUGGUCAUUCAAAUACAGUUUAUUCAAUUUGUUACUCUCCUGAUGGUACUACAUUAGCAUCUGGUAGUGCAGAUAACUCUAUCCGUUUAUGGGAUGUUAAGACAGGAUAAUAAAAAGCCAAAUUAGAUGGUCAUUCAAAUACAGUUUAUUCAAUUUGUUACUCUCCUGAUGGUACUACAUUAGCAUCUGGUAGUGCAGAUAACUCUAUCCGUUUAUGGGAUGUUAAGACAGGAUAAUAAAAAGCCAAAUUAGAUGGUCAUUCAAAUACAGUUUAUUCAAUUUGUUACUCUCCUGAUGGUACUACAUUAGCAUCUGGUAGUGCAGAUAACUCUAUCCGUUUAUGGGAUGUUAAGACAGGAUAAUAAAAAGCCAAAUUAGAUGGUCAUUCAAAUACAGUGUAUUCAAUUUGUUACUCUCCUGAUGGUACUACAUUAGCAUCUGGUAGUUAUUAAGAAAUUCGUUUAUGGGAUGUUAAGACAGGAUAAUAAAAAGUCAUAUUAGAUGGCCAUUCAUCAACAGUAUAUUCCGUCAAUUUCUCUUCUGAUGGAAAUACAUUAGCUUCUGGUAGUGAUGAUAACUCUAUCCGUCUUUGGAAUGUAAAAACAUCAAAGGAAAUACUUCAAUCAGAUAGUAGCUAUAAAGGUUUGCUUGCCUAGUUUAACAUACCUCUUACGAAUAGCUCCUUAUUGCCAAAUGGUAUUAAUUAUUAAUUAUUAUUUAGUUAAUCCUUAUUGUACAAUACUUAGAAUUUGCCAGAAUCCUUUGUUUCAAGCAUCAAGAACACUUAUCUUAUAAGGACAAUUUAUUAAUCAUUAAGGGAAAGAUUUAAAGCCUUUGUUUAAAUUCAAAGGAUGUUGCUUUUUAGAAGACCUAAAGCAAUAGAAGUGUAUUUGA